AUGGUGUCGAUCGCACUAAUACUGGCCAUAGGCUCGAGCCUCGCCGCUGCGCAGUCUACACCACUUCCUCCAGAGCCUGAAGCUUUUCACAUAAUUGAGCUGCCUCUACCGCCAGUCGCUCCCAGCACCGAUGAGGGCGCUUGCACGACUACCAUCAACCCUCGUGGCACCGGCUGCAUUGCCAAGGCCGUAGGCGAGUUUCAAGCGGGAGACUUCACGACCGAUGGCAACAAUGUCAUCGCCAACGUCGAGUUUAUCGGAGCUCCUCAGGGCGGCAUUUACACCGGCGAGCAGCUCAUUCUCAUCAAAGCUGAUGGAACCAACUUCACCAACGGAGACCCCUGGAAAUGCCUGAGCUGCGGUGUUCCUGCGGCAAACGCCGUGUCCUUGGAUGCUCAACGAGACUAUCCUCACGUUUUCCGGGAUGGUACCAAGGCUUUGUGGGGACACAACAUUCUCGACUGCGCGGGGGAGCUCCUGGAAAGCGAUGCCUGCACUGCAAACCAGACUCACAUAUACCCGAUUCACUGGAAUACCGCUGUUGACGGCUCCGGAAAGGGCGGGAGUCCCCGCGAGCUUCGUCUUCAUCCGGAUGAUACCCACAUGGGUUGGAGCUCUUUCACCAAUACUGGAGGACAAUUCGCCUAUUUUGGCCGUCUGGAGUUCAAUGCUGAGCCCACGGUUGGCGAACCGUUGGCGCCUCGUUAUGAUCUAGUUGAUGUCAGCCUCCUCGUUGAUCCAACUCGCUAUGAGCCAUACACCGUCAACGGAAGCGAUUUAACGAUCCAUGAAGACACCAUCAACGUCGGCGAGCUGCGUGGAUUCAGCGGGAACGGAGACGAGAUCACCUACAUCGGCAACCCCAGAGAGUCUAACAACAUCGACCUUUUCGCCGUACAUCUCGAGACCGGUGCCGUCCGCAGACUGACCAGCCACCCCGAGUACGCUGAUCCCAUGGCCUUCUCAGCUGACAGCGAUUGGUUCAUUGCCAUGGACACCCGCGGUACCGACCGCCAGAUGUGGAUGUCCGGUAUGCGCGGGAUACCCCCUUUAGUUGACUUGGUGGCGGUCACCGUCGCAUCCUCCACUCGUAACAACGGACCUCGUCGUUUCUUCCAGCCAAUCUUGAUCGACCGUUAUGGUGAUCGCGGUGAUUACUUUGGACAACAGGUCAAUGCUGCGGGUGAUGGUACCAACGGUGCAGUCAAUGAUCCGAACUGGAACGGCAGAGCAGACCCAGCAUUUUCCCUGGACAGCACCAAAAUUGUGUACUGGCAGGCUCUUGUCGUUUCCCCCUCAUGUGGCGGAGACAACCCCCUCCCUUGCCCCGAAUCGACUGCUCAGGGAGGGCGAGAGUACCGGAUAAUGCUGGCUCAUCGAACUGGCCGUGAGGCCACAAGUCCCGCGCCGGUGUACGACGUCCCCGACCAGAUUCCAUGGGCAACCCCCUUUCCUCCCGGUGCUUCUGUUCCAGAUCAGUUCUCGAUCGACCCUGGUAACUACACCCUGCACGGCAAGUUCUCCGGGCUCGCCGAUGUCAGCAUCACGGCCGACGCUAGCAGUGUGAGUGGCUUGGGCAGAGUGUCUGUGAAUUACACUAGCUUUUCCGACGACGGUGAACACAUCCUCAACGGGCAUGAGGAUGUUGCCGUGAAGGUCUUGCUUCCGAAUUUCUGGACCAAUCAGGUUGAUUGGGUUUCUGACAUUGUUCAGUCUGGACUCGUCAACGCAACCAAGAAGACGAGCCCUGGGGGAUUUCAUCUGGUGAUCGAUGCGGAGGUCAAUAUUUUCAACGCUAAUGGGUCAUUGACGACGACGAUUGAUGGAGUAGAGUACAAGCAGCCUGCCAAUGGCACCUAG